AAUUUCAUGUGUACAAGUUUCUGAAUCUUCAGUAUCUAACAUAGCGCCAUCUUGCGUAAACUACAAUUUUUUCCAUGUUUACCGAAUUGAGCCGCAUAUUGACUUCUUAUGGGUUCAAGUUAUUUUAGUUUGUUAUCUAGACUUUUCAAUUUAAAACCACCAUGGACAAAUUAUUCACCUCUAGCUUCAUAUUUAUCUAUACCAACACGAUGCCAUUCUGGUCAAAAAGAAUCGGUUCAUGUUACUUAUAUAACCAAAGAAGGAGAAAAGAUUGUCGUCGAGGGAAAAGUUGGUGACAAUGUAAUGUAUUUAGCCCAUUCAAAUGGUAUCCCUAUCGAAGGAGCAUGUGAAGCUUCAUUAGCAUGUUGUACUUGUCAUGUUUAUGUUAAUGCCGAUUAUUUUGAUAAAUUACCCACUCCAGAUGAAAGGGAAGAAGAUAUGUUGGAUAUGGCACCUUUUUUGAAACCCAAUUCUCGCCUCAGCUGCCAAAUCCUGUUAACGAAUGAAUUGGAUGGCAUUGAAGUGAAGCUACCUCCAGCUACCAGAAACUUUUAUGUAGAUGGUAAAAAACCAACUCCACACUAGUUGAAGAAUCACCGGGAAAACGUUAAAUUAGUUGAAUUUAUCAUUAUGCCUUAAAAACUUGUUAUACCAGUGAGUUAAUUUUAUACAAGUGGUUACACCGCCAAAGAAAGUCACCAUGGAUUGUGCGAUAAUCAUUUCUUAUUUCUAUUAAACCAUGUUACAAACUGUGUUCCCAAGUACUA